UCCCAUCGAUUGUAUUGAAAGUCAUGGCAGGUCCGGAUCUGAUAAAAACCCUCCUGUACACCGUCAAUAAUCUACUGCUGCAAGAGAAAUAUAAAGCUGCCUUAGCAGUUUUGAAAGGAUUCAGAAACGGCGCCGUAUAUGGGGCCAAAAUCAGAGCACCACAUGCCUUGGUGAUGACAUUUCUCUUCAGGAGUGGCAGUUUGAAGGACAAGCUCAAAGCCAUCUUGAAGGCCACCUACACCCACUCCCGCAACUUGGCAUGCUUUGUAUUCACCUACAAAGGACUGCAAGCCUUGCAGGAGAGGAUGCAGGGAAAGAACCUGCAGGCUCACUCCUUCCUGGCUGCCUGUGUUGGAGGAUGGUUAGUGUUUGGGGAUAACAACAACAUCAAUAGUCAGAUCAACAUGUACCUGCUGUCCAGGAUCCUGUUUGCGCUGUCUCGGCUGGCCGUAGAGAAAGGAUUUAUCCCCCAACCUAAACACGACCCUUUCCCACUCUUCGCCACGCUGGUGUGGGGCAUCGUCUUGUGGCUGUUUGAAUAUUACCCGCACACCCUCCAGCCGUCCCUGCAGUCCUCAAUGAACUACCUCUACCAUGACAGCAAUGUGUGGCACGACAUCUCAGACUUCCUUGUGUAUAAUAAGCCAAGGACUGCUGCUCAGAAAUGAAGCUUUAGUUUUUUUCAGUAGGGACCAGCUCUCUACAGUUCGAUCAAUGCAUUAUUAUGUUUUAAUAAUUACUAAUGUUCCAAAUAUUGUUGAAUGUUGCCUUUUUAAACUGUUGCUAGAUUAUAAUUUGUACUGUAUAAAAAAAUAUUUUCUUAAUGUUUGAUUCAUCGACAUGUAUUUCAGUGUGUGUUCUCACUCUGCAGCUGUCAAAGCUGACACCAGCAGAGUUACACCAGCAUACAGCAGAAACUGUAUAUAUCCAGUGUGAUUUUUCCUGCUGACAUCUGGGUGGUUGUACACUUGUUUGAUUUUAACUGAGAGACAUCAUGCUCCUCUUUGAAGAAUCCACACAAUAAAUCACGGAUGUGCAUCUUGAUGGUUUUGUUGAUUUCCUAUUGUUGUUUGUUUUUUGGACGAGGGGUGUGCAGUUAUUAUAUCACACUUUAUUAGGGCUUAAUUAA